AUGAAAGUGUUCGCAGUGCUUGUGUUAUGCCUUACCGUUGUGGCUGCAGGGCCUGAUGAGGAUAUCUGGUUGCAGUUUAACAGACGUAUGCCCAGUGCAUACUACGGUUUGAAGGAGCCCAUUGAGAGAUCCCCCGUUACCGGACGAAUUGUUGGAGGCAUCGAUGCAAACAUUGCGGACUUUCCAUACCAGCUCUCUUUGAUUCGCGGCGGAUCACAUUUCUGUGGAGCUUCGAUAAUUUCUACAAGUUGGGCCCUUUCGGCUGCUCAUUGUACUUACCCUAUGCCAAGUGUGGAUGCUGUAACCCUACGUGGUGGAUCUGCCAGCCGAUUGGAUGGAGGCUCCAUUUUCAGCGUUGAUUUGAUUAUCAACCAUCCUCAAUACAAUGAUUCAACUAUUGAAAACGAUGUUUGCGUGCUUCGUACUGUACAAGCUAUGCAGGGAUUGCAUAUUACUCCCAUUCAGCUGGUACCAGCUGAAACUUAUUACCCUCAUGGAACCCGUGCGGUAGUAUCAGGCUGGGGUCUCACGAGCGUUCCUGGAACAUUACCAGUCAUACUACAGAUGGUUGACAUUCCGGUGAUCGAUCAGGCCACAUGUCGCGCAGGGUGGCCAGUAGGCUGGGUUACGGACGAUAUGCUUUGUGCCAGUGAGCCUGGACGUGAUGCAUGCAAUGCAGACAGUGGUGGCCCACUUGUUACUGGAGGACGACAGAUUGGUAUUGUUUCAUGGGGAGCAACUAACUGCCUUGGGAACGAACCUGGAGUUUAUGCCCGAGUUGCUUUCCCGCUUAUUCGCAACUGGAUCACUGAAGCCACCGGAAUUUGA